AUGCAAGGCAGUAACUGGGGACUUCGUCCUCACAUUCAAAAAAUUUUAUUUACAACAGUAAUUUCAAGUAUAGUGAAUUAUGGGGCUGCAAUCUGGGCGGAGACUAUGACAGAAAGGAAGAAAAGGAAACUUUUCGCCAUUCAGAGACCUUUUCUCCUGAGCAUUUGCAAAGCCUAUAGAACGACAGCUAAUUUCUCUCUAUGCAUUUUCACUGGGAUUCAUCCCCCUCAUUUAAUUGCGACGAAGGAUUCAAUAAAAGCCAGAGUACUCCAGUUGAAAGAAGAUGCUUACCUGAACGGCACCACCUUUCCUGCCUCAAAGUAUGAAUCUCCAGCCAUACCAUUGACUUACCAUCUUGCAAAGUAUUGUAAUUUAAUAAUCAAUACGGACGCUUCAGCAAUCAGUAGUAAAGAAUGUCGAAGAGCAUUUACAGACGGCUCUAAAAUUCAUGGAGAAGUGGGCGCAGCAUCAAUAAUCUAUUUUUCUUCCUCUAUUCCAACAGUAUGGCAAGGAAAAUUAUCUCCAGAAAAUUCUGUUUAUCAAGCUGAGCUGUCAGCAAUUUAG